AGCGCCUGGUGGCAACAGCAACGCAACGGAUAAGGCAAACGCUGGCACUGCGCUGCGCGAAACCUCUCGCCGUAGCGGACGAGCCCCACUCCGGCCAUGGCGCGGGGCCUCGUCGCUGCUGCUCUCUGGUCGCCAGCGCGCCUCGGCGCGAGCACGUCACCGUCGUAUACCGGCCAGCCUGUUCGGGUCACCGCCCGGCCGGUGGGAGGUCGCGGGCGGCGGCGUGGCCUCAUGGUCGUGCGGGCCGGCGGGCCGCCGAGCACCAACCAGCUCAUCCUGGCCUUCGUGCUGCCGCUCUCCCUCUUCGUCGGCACCCUCGUCACCGCCGCCCGCGUCGCCGACGACCUCGACGAGCGCUUCCUGCGGGAGAUGGAGAUCAACAAAGCGAUAAUGGAAGAGAACGAGGCGUCUGAUGAAGAGGAAGACGACGACAGAGAGUAUGAUGAAGAGGAUGAUGAGGCGGGAGAGGAUGACGAGCAAGCCCCGGUGGAGGAAAAGGAACCCGUUGUUGUUGGCGCAGCUGCUGCUGCAACACGCACCAGGAACAGGCCGAGAAGACAAGUAUAACAAGACCCAGGAAAGCUGAUGCUGAUGUGAUCUUCCCCUGUUCUGAUUAAGUCUGGCGAUCGACUCUCUCGUCUCUUGGAGUGGAAAUAUGCUUGCAAGUGCUACAGUUUGACUGGGGAAGCACGCAUGUUAUAGUCACACACCUGCAGUGUAGUACGUUGAAACUUAGUCCUAUACACAUGUAUUUGCAAGAGUAUAUGCGAUCACGGAAUGUAGCAUUACCUGUUAGAUGAACCCUGGAGUAUUGCCUGUCAUUCUGUCAAACCACAAUGAUCCGAAUCAUGAAGAAUGCAGAUAUCCUUGUCAUGCC